AUUAGACACCAUUUUGUGGCCGCCGUCUCUGAAUUCGUCGGCACGUUCAUGUUCCUCUUUUUCGCUUUCGGCGGCACUCAAGCCGUCAAUACGGCUCCCGACGAUGGACAGCCCUGGGACCUUGCUGCCAACCCGGCCCGCCUCCUCUUUAUAUCCUUGAGUUUUGGCAUCAGUCUAGCGGUGAACGCAUGGGUCUUCUACAGGAUCAGCGGUGGGCUUUUCAACCCGGCUGUCAGUCUAGCCAUGGUCCUUGUCGGUGCUAUCACGGUCGUCCGAGGCAUCUUGUUUGUAUUGGCGCAGCUGGCCGGAGGUAUCGCGGCAGCCGCAGUCAUCCACGGCCUAUUACCUGGACCUCUCAGUGUAAAUACGACGCUCAAAGACGGAAUGACUUUGGCUCAGGGAGUUUUUCUUGAAAUGUUCUUGACUGCGCAGCUUAUUUUUACGAUAUUCAUGCUCGCUGGCGAGAAGCACCGAGGCACAUUUAUUGCGCCGAUAGGCAUUGGAUUGGCUUUAUUUAUUACUCAUUUGACAGGCGUAUACUAUACUGGCGCAUCGCUCAACCCAGCGCGAUCCUUUGGCCCUGCUGUCGUGUCAGGCGCCUGGCCGAGUCACCAUUGGAUAUACUGGAUCGGUCCAAUACUCGGUUCUUUACUUGCCUCA